CCCGUUAAUUUACCGUUUUGCCCAGCCCUAAUUUCAUCAUCUCCAGCGAGGCAGCGAGCGACCUCUAUGCAACAGACACAGUAUUGAAGCUGAGCUCAAUGAUAAUGGCGGCUUCUUCCAUAAUAUCCCCAGCUCUCACCUCCACAUCUUCCUCCUCUUCGAAACCACCAUUGACCCACUCUCCCUCGCCUUCAUUCCUCUGCUUCAAGAUUUCCCCCAGACCCUCAAAACCUCUGCUUCUCCACGCAAGGGGUAAGAUAGUCAAGGCUCAGACCUUGGAAUUUUCGAAUUCUUCUUUCUACGAGGACGGUUUGGGAGACGACGACGACCCGCCGAGUAUACCCGGGUUGGGCAUUUCCGAUAUUGAAGAUAAAGAGGAGCCCCAAUGCCCUCCCGGUCUCAGGAAGUACGAGACCAUGGCGGUUCUAAGGCCCGACUUGUCCGAAGACGAGCGCCUCACCCUUGUCCAGAAAUACGAAGAGUUGCUUGUUACUGGUGGUGGUAUGUAUGUGGAGGUGUUCAACAAAGGGAUUAUUCCACUUUCAUACAACAUUAGGAAGAAAAACAAAGCAGGAGAGACGAACAUAUACAUGGACGGGAUCUACCUCUUAUUCACCUAUUUUACCAAACCCGAAUCCCUGACUGCCCUCGAGACUGCACUGAAGACAGAUGACGAUGUUAUCCGGUCGUCAAGUUUCAAGGUUAGGAAAAGAAAGCACUGAUUUGUCUCAUCUGUGAAGAUGUACAAGACAGUCACGUAAGGUAGAGGUAUGUCUCUGAUCUUUGCUGAAUGUUGACGUGGAAUUACAGAAAUGAAAACAUAGAUUUUUCUCGUCUAUUUAGCUGGUGAUAUAUAGCUGCUGUAAUAUCAUGCUACUGGUUUACCGUAUAAUAUAUUUGUUUUCCAGUGAUUUUGUCGUUAGUCUACAGUUUGUGUCGAUAA